UUAACAUUCAACAAAGGAGGUAGAAGCAGCUAUUUGGCUAAAAGAGCCAAUAUGCAAAAAAGAUUCAAUCAAAACUCAGUUACAAAAAUAUAGAAAAUUAUACUCUUUUUUCCUCCCUCACUUUUUUACAUCAGUUUAUAGCGGUAUAACUUGAAAUGACAUACAUGGAAACAAAAUUAUACAUUAAAAAUGGAAAAUGGAAACUACACAACUGAUUUGUCACUAGAGGAAAUGACAACAGCGCAGCACAAGCUUAGAAAUAUCUGUCACUUUAUCUGCGAUCAGACCCCAGGAGGAUGGCUUCUUUAAAAUGCCCUCUACUUUAUGUGUUGCUUUGUUUUCAAGCUGUUCAAACUGAAGCCUCCUCUUGGACAGCUACGGUCCCUUCCUCAGUUAAAGGUCUCCUUGGAUCCUGUGUGGUGAUCCCCUGUACAUUUGACUACCCAGAUCCAGGGAGGACUCUCACUGGAUUGACAGGGAUGUGGAACAAUGGGGCAUACCAGCUCAUCAAUCACCCGGUUCAGUCUAAAGUCAUUGAGCAGUAUCGGGGCCGAACGGAGCUGCUGGGAGACGUCAGACAAAAGAACUGUUCUCUGAAGAUUGACCCCAUCCAACAAAGUGACCAGGGACCUUUUAAUUUCAGGAUUGAAAUGGCCGACUAUGAAAAAUAUUCUUACAGCGCCAACUCUGUUUCCAUUGCAAUGAUAAGUGAACCAGAUCAAAUCAUUUUCUCUGUGAAAAACGAGUUAAAGGAGGGUGAAACUGUGUCUGCCUCCUGCUCUGUGUCUCACUCCUGCCCUGCUUCUCCUCCUGUCUUCAACUGGAGUCACUCAGGAGAGAACGUUUUCCAACAGCAGCAGCUCGAUGCUGGCCAGUGGAAAGCAACUUCUACUCUGACCUUUAACCCUACACACGUUGAUCAUGAGAAGAAUUUACAAUGCUCCGUGAGAUACAAGGGAGGGAAGCACCAGACCACAUCCAAGAAGCUCAACGUGAAAUAUGCCCCGGUGAAUGUGAAGGUUGAGUACAAGUCAAAAGUUAAGGAGGGGGAAUCUGUGCAGAUGAAAUGCUCCAGUGAUGCUAACCCCCCAGCCAGCUAUGAGUGGCAUAAUGAAACUGGUGCUCAGCUGUUUCAAGGGAAGGUCUACACGCUGCACAAUGCCUCCAGACAUACAGGAGCUCUCUACUGUACUGCCAUUAAUACAAUAGCACGAAGCAAGUCAAGCCCUGUGCAGCUCAAUGUGUUACAUGCCCCGGUGAAUGUGAAGGUUGAGUACAAGUCAAAAGUUAAGGAGGGGGAAUCUGUGCAGAUGAAAUGCUCCAGUGAUGCUAACCCCCCAGCCAGCUAUGAGUGGCAUAAUGAAACUGGUGCUCAGCUGUUUCAAGGGAAGGUCUACACACUGCACAAUGCCUCCAGACAUACAGGAGCUCUCUACUGUACUGCCAUUAAUACAAUAGCACGAAGCAAGUCAAGCCCUGUGCAGCUCAAUGUGUUACAUGCCCCUGAGAUUAAGACCAUGUCUUCCUGCUACGCAGAGGCAGACAUGGUAAAGUGCGUGUGCAUUGCGGAGUCAAGUCCUGCGAGCACGGUUCACUUUGUGCUCUCUGACAAAGUCGUGCCAAAAGCAAAGAUAGAGAAACACGGCCUUGUUACCAUCGGUACUCUACAGGUAGAGUUUGGAUCCUCUGGGUUUGUCCGCUGUUUGGCAAACAACACGCAGGGCAGCGCAGACCUCACACUCUAUUUCCCGGUUAACAGUAAAAUGCAGAAUAUUUACAUUUCUAUAGCCAUUGGAGCAGGAGGGAUUCUGGUGAUACUUUUGAUAGCAGUGGGGGUGAAAAAAUGCAGGGGGAGGUCUGUAGAUGCAGCAACAACUCCUUUGAGCACCAUGAAGGCGGACAAAGAUGUGGAGCACCCUCAGUAUGCUACAGCAACUACAAAGAGAAUAGAGAAGACCGAUGAUGAUGACGAUUGCCUAGGUGGUGUUUAUGCCAAUGAACCUGUUUAUGGUAACAUGGAGACCGACCAGGAUGACGCAAUAUACGCCAAUAUGUAACAGGAACAAGAACACCGAAUUCAAUGGAAGACCAGCUUCAGUUGCAAUGUGUGUUUUCUAUCUGAUGGUGGGUGAAGAAACUUGUGGAGGUUGUUGAUAUACUCCUUUUUGUAUAGGUUAUCUAAUCAUUAUCAUCAGUCUAAUUUAUAGAUGAGAAAAUAGUUGUUCAUGAUGUUCAGUUGUUAAUGCACUUGUGUUUUCAGUUUUUGCUCCUCUCGAACACAUCUUACAUGUCUUGUACGUUUUGUGACAACCAUCAUUAAAUUGUUAUAUUUUACUUUAAAA